AUGGAGCUGGUAGUAUAUAUUCUGCUCCGAAGGGAGUGGACCACAUUCACUCCUCUCCACCAGGUCCAGGACAGCACCACCACCAAACAUGUACAAGAUCGUCGCACUCUUGGCCCUCUCGCCUGCGCCAAUGCUGGCUACCUUGGAGGUUACGCUGCUGCCCCAGCACUCAGCUACGGCGCUAGCUACGGCUAUGGAGCUGGAUACGGUUACGCUGCACCAGCCGUUGCAACCGUUGCCCAUGCUCCAGCUAUCUCUUACGCCGCACCAGCUGUCGCUACUGUAGCUCAUGCUCCAGUCGCUGUAGCUCAUGCCCCAGUCGCCACAUCCUACUCUAACACUUACAGGACCGUCAACAAACCAGUUGCCGUUGCCGCUCCAGCUCUCUCAUACGCUGCUCCAGCAGUCUCUUACGCUGCCCCAGCUGUUUCUUACGCUGCCCCAGCUGUUUCCUACGCUGCCCCAGCUGUUGCCACCGUAGCUCAUGCUCCAGCAGUGUCCUAUGCUGCCCCAGUCGCCGCUGUAGCCCACGCUCCAGUCGCUACCUCCUACGCUAACACCUACAGGACCGUCAACAAGCCUGUAGCCGUUGCCGCUCCAGCCAUCUCCUACGCCGCCCCUGCUGUCGCCACCGUCGCUCACGCUCCAGCAGUUUCCUACGCCGCUCCAGCUGUCUCUUACGCUGCCCCAGCCGUAGCUACCGUAGCUCACGCUCCAGUCUCCUACGGUCUUGGAUACAGGUCCUCAUACGGUCUUGGAUAUGGAUACGGUCUUGGCUAUUCCUCCCUCCUCCAUCACUAAGCUUCUGUGAAGUUUGUGGUACCUGAAGUCAAUUCAUGUCUAGAAAACUUAAUUUAUGUAAAUAGGUAUUUAAAUAAAUAAUUUAUAUCUG